UUUCAUUCAGGAAGUGGUUCUCGGCAAUGUGAGAGAAAUGCUUCCAGACAUUUGCAAAGUGAUGUAACAUCCAUGGCGGGACAACUGAAGCGUCUAAAGGACGCAGUGAAGAUCAUAGGGUCUGGCAGCGUUCUGUUUGUCUCCUACCUCACUGCUGUGGGAGAUGAGCGCUUCUACACCAACCAGCUCAUGCCCUUGCUGCAGAGGAUUGUGGGAGCAGAGACAGCCCAUGUCAUGGCUGUGAGGUUAAUCGGCCUGGGUCUGGUGCCUCUGAACCGCUACCAGGACCCAGCAUCACUGGAAGUAAACGUCAUGGGCCGUAAGUUCAAGAACCCCAUAGGGAUAGCAGCAGGAUUUGACAAGCAUGGGGAGGCUGUUGACGGGCUGUAUAGACUAGGCUUUGGCUUCGUGGAGGUGGGGACCAUCACCCCCAAACCCCAGGAGGGGAACCCCAAACCACGUGUGUUCAGACUGACCACUGACCAGGCGGUCAUCAACCGAUAUGGGUUCAACAGCUGUGGUCUUGCAGCAGCACAUGAGAGACUAAAGGCAAGAGAAGGCACCCAGGUAGAGCUGACUAAAGCUGGCCUGCCCCUGGGCAUCAACCUGGGAAAGAACAAGCUGUCGCAGGAUGCAGUGGCAGACUACCUGGAGGGGGUGCGGACGCUGGGCCCUCUGGCUGAUUACCUGGUGGUGAAUGUGAGCAGCCCCAACACCCCAGGUCUCAGGGACCUGCAGGGGAAAGGGGAACUGCGACAACUGCUGUACAAGGUGCUGAAGGAGCGUGAUGCCCUACAGGGGGGGAGCAGGCCACCUGUACUGGUGAAGAUUGCCCCUGACCUCACCGCCCAGGAUAAGCAGGACAUUGCUGAUGUGGUCACAGAGCUUGGUGUGGAUGGGCUGUUGGUCUCCAACACCACAGUAUCCAGACCUGAGACCCUACAGGACCCCCAGAGUAAAGAGGUGGGAGGGUUGAGCGGCCAGCCCAUCAAGGAGCUCUCUACACGCACUGUGAGAGAGAUGUACAGCUUGACAAAAGGUAAGGUGCCAAUCAUUGGAGUUGGGGGUGUAGCCAGUGGACAAGAUGCCCUGGACAAGAUCUGUGCUGGAGCCUCAUUGGUCCAGUUGUACACCUCUUUAACCUAUCAGGGUCCACCAGUUGUCACCAAAAUCAAAAGGGAACUAGAACAGCUUUUAAAAGAACAAGGAUUUACAAGCAUAUCGGAUGCUGUUGGAGCUGACCAUAGAGGAGCUGAGGGGAGAUUUCAACAACAGUCUAGAGAGGGACAAUGAUCAAGGCUCUGAGUGUCAGUAUCAGUCAGUUCUACAGGUUAGACUGACUACAAUACAGACUGAUGCCUUUGUCAGUUUCCUGCCUUUACUUGAAGUCUAUAGUACAUGAAGUGGUUUGCCUGGUCAAUUCAUGUAACGCCUGGCUAGAAUGAUAUCUGUGCACACAAAUAUUACAGCAGUGACAGCAGUAUUGGGAACCUGCCCCAUUUCACGGUUCUGACUGGAUCUGUUGGUUAUUAGGCGACGUAACCGUAAGAAUGGUUAAGUGCUAAUUGACACCAAAGUGCUAACAGUAUUUUGACACUAGCAGUCACAUUGUAAAAAGAAAAUCUCUGUUUUUUGAAAUUAUGUAAAUAUAAUGUGUGCUCUAUUCAGAAAUACUGUGUGCUGCUAUUUAUAGAACUAUGUGACUAGAAAUUGAACAUUUGUUCACAAAUAACUUCCAUUCAAAGUGCUUAACUACACGUCCCUUGUAAAUCGCUGAGCCGCUACCCACAUAAUGGAGACCUCGUCUGAAAAUAGAGCUGAUCACCUAGCAAUGAGCGGAAUGACAAUUACCUGACAAUUACCAUUUAGCCUUGCAGCAGUAGUCAGUUAAACACUGAGUAAAUAUAACAGCUUUGACAUUUAAAGAAAGGGCAAUGGCACAAUUACUUGCCAAAUGUCAGCAGGCUUUAAAUACACAUGAUCCCACUGCAAGAUGGUAAAAACUGCCUUAAGUCUCAGCAGUAUAACGGAUGAGAAGUGUACCAGAAUAAGAGGUCAGUGACAGAGAGCCAAGUCCAAAGAGGAUGCACUGAUGGUUCUGUCCUAUUUCUGACCUGUUAUAUAGAUUGAAUUGAAUUGUAAUGCCUACUGUUACGAGUGUAAUGUCAAGGGGUUACUUAAUGUAUGUUAAGUCGUGUACAUUAAACUGUAUAGUUUGAGCAAUUUGAGAAACAUGAACCUUCGAGCACACGCCUCAGGCAAGAAUAAUUGUCAAUAUUUUAAAUUCUUAUGUCUGGACUGUCCAUAUCUUAUUUUGGUAUUCCAUGCUCAAUGUGCAUGUUUUUGGGUGGCACGGGAAAUGCUGUCGUUGGUCAUCAAAGUCCCGGUGGAUCUUAUUGAGGCUCUACCGGAACCUGUUGGUACUCCCCUCUUAUUCUCAGAGCCUGGCUGGUACUUCUCCCCCCCCAGUUCACUUCUUUAGAGAUUGUCCACUUCAUGGCCCUUAGGGCCUUGUAUAAGCCCUGUACGGCAUUAUAGCUCUCUUUCAGUAGAGGUCACUCACUCACCAUCCCCUGAGCAAAUUUUUCUGCCAGAGUUUGUCCAUUGUUCAUAUAUUUUUCUGUGUCAGAAUAACCUCUCAGCACUACUCUCAUGAGUGGAUUUGAUACAUUCCUAGGGUAAAGAAUGUACUGCUCUGAACGUUGAGUCCUUCCUAAGUGGUCAUGAGAAUUCGAGCAGGCACAAAAGCAAUCUUACUUCCUCUGAUAUCCAUGUUGACUGAAUGUCCGGUCUGACUGCUGGGUUUUGAUUAGAGAUGAUUGAUAUAGGGGAGAUUUAAUGCUUAUAAAAAUGGAAUUGUCUUCCCCUUAACUGAACUGCAUCUCUGCAGUAUAUAGGCUGUGGGCAUGGGCAACAACAACAGUGCUCGUGAUUAGAUAUCAGCCUGGCUUAACUCAGAGGCACUGUACUGUAGCAUUGUGGCUAAAUAAAUGUUAUUCUUAGUGUGCUCACACACUAACACAUUUC